UAUGAACUCAAUAUGGCGGACGAUCAGUAGCGAAUUUCUUGCCACAGCAAUAAUUUUAAGAUCCAUCAACGAACAAAAUGCUUCAGCAUUGAGCGUAGCUUUCUGAAAAAUGCUUACUCCUGUAUUCGAACUUAGCCAAGACGAUGAGUUUGUUUGUGUGAUGAUCAAGACCCCAUAUGUCAAGGUAAGCGAUUCACCCAGGAUCUUCACGCGUACGUAUCGUAAAGGAUAAAAACACAUGGAACGAUUUCCUAAUCAAAUCAACCUGCUUUAGAAAUAGAAAAUAGCUAGUUAUUCCUUAUUGUAGUUCUUUUUUAUCAUGUUUUGCUUUGAAAACUUAGAUUUUUUUGCAACCUGUAGAUUGCUGAUGUCGAUUUCUUCAUCAAUGACACAGAAUUUAAAUUUUAUGUCAAGCCAUACUUUCUGAGGUAAGCUAUCAAGAUUGUAUAUAAAGCAGAAAUAGAAAAAAGACUUUGACCUGGAACCUGGAAUAAAAUUGUGCCAGCGUGAAAACAAAAACAAAACAAAACAAAAAUACACUAAUUUAAUCAGUAUUCAGGAUGUGAAGUGUUUGCAUGACAGCUUUCACUCCAAAGAUCUCAUGAGUAAUUCUCCUUAUUGUCUGCUUUACAGAUCUUUUUAUGUUACUUUGGAGAAUUUAGUUUUUGAUCCACUAAUAAUCUUCAAAUUGAUAUUUUUCUCCAUUUUCAUCACUUAUCUGCUUGGUAUGGUAUUUCUAAUGUCAGGAGAAAUUCUAUGUUGGUCACUCAUGGGAGUUAGAGGAUUUGCAUGGGGUGGCCACAAGGGAGGGGAGAGCUAAACAUGGCAUACAGAGAUACAACAGAAGCAACUGCACAAGUUCUCUGAUUUGGAUCACAACACAAGAGGAUUCCUCAAAAACUUGUUUAUCAACCCUUGGGUGGAUUUUUGACUCAACCCUUUAACUCUCAUAAGUGAUAAACAUUUAACUUCUCCCUGUAGCAAACAGGUAAUAAGAAUACUCAAAAUUUAUCAGCCAGAAGUUGAUCUAACACUGAAUUCUCAUAAGUAAGUUACAAGAAAAUGUGUUGCGGCUGGAGGGGAGAAUUAACAAUCAGAUCUUGGGAGUUAAAGGGUUAAAAAAGAGGAAAUACCCCAAGCAAACUUCAGUCCACUGUACUUUCACCUAAAUUUUAAGCACUGGUCAUCAUUUGAUUUUUUAUGCAGUGUGGGGUUGAAAAUAAUUAUAGAUAAAUUACUUUUUUUCCCAGGCUUAAUUUACCAGGAAAGAUUUCUAAAGAUGGAAGGGAGUCUGCAUCUUAUGAUGUUGAGAAAGGUGAGAUGUAUAUUCUUUGUGUAUCCAACAGAGGCAGAGGCCAGUUGCCUGUGAGACUAUAUUGUCACUGACCAAUAGUUAUUAUUUGUUAACAAAAUUAGCAGAAAUAAAACAUUUUGUAAAUUUCUUACAAAUACCCUUUUUUUUUCAAACCUCUGAAAUGUCUUACUAAAUUUUUUACCACCAAUGGAAAAGGUUUUUUGUAGUUCGGAACAUCUAAACAGUGUUAAAAUUAGUUACUCUUCAUUUUUGACUUUCCUUUUACCAUAGGAACAUUUUCAAUAAAGCUUCCUAAGCUCCAUGCUGGAGAGACCUUUGAGAACUUGGAUCUGUUAACAACUUUACUAGCUCCUAAAAAGAAGGCCUCUUUAAAUGUUAAGCCUCUCAUUGAAGUUGUUGGUAAGUGUAGUUUAUUAAUUUUGCACAUUUAUGAUCGUGCUAAAUUGUAUUCUGUUGGACCACUGUUCUGUGCAGGUAUAGUUAUUAAAUCAAAUGACAGCCACUAAUUUUUUUAUUUUUUUUAAGAAAGUGAUACCAAAACAGAAGUUGAUGACCAAGAAGAUGAGAGCAACAGUGAUGAGGAAUUUGACUGGGAAUUUGAGCAACAUUUACCUCAGGUAACAUUUGCUCCAAAAUUUUUGGAGGAUAAUUGUUAGCUUUCAAUUCUGACUCAGAUGGUAAAAUGCUCUCUCUUCAUGUUUGCAGGAUAAUGCAGAAUUUACUCUUGGUGAAACCAAAUAUGGAUUUGCCAACCAAAAGGGUGGAAUCUUUAAAGGCAGAGAGGUACUGGGCUUGUUAAGUAGUCUUGCUAUAGGAUGGGAGAGCAUGGGUAUUGAUGCUGCAGUGAUAAGAGGACUUACAUGUACAGGGUACAUCAUCUGCAUCCUGUACUAUAUUACUGUGACAGAUAGGGUACAUCCCUCUGAUGAGGAUGGGUGUGGUUUCUUGUUGGUGUUCAUCCAUGCUCCAGGCUCUUCCGGCCACAACUAUUUUUUUCACCUAUUAAUAGUUUCUAAUUUUUCAUUUCAUUUCAAAUUGUCUAAUUUUAAUUGUGAUUAAAAGUUAAGGUCUCACUGAACUCACUAUUAUUAUUACAAGGCCACCACCUCUCCUUACUUAUUUUGUGUAUGUUGUGGUUGUUUUUUUUUAUUUGUUUAUCUUGUAGGAAAAUUUCUUUCAAAGUUGCAAAUUUUGAACUGGAGUUUCAGAUGUAACUUGACAUACUGGUGUUAUUUAACAGGCAGAGCUUCUUGAGAUAGCUGAAAUAACUGAUCCUGAUUCAAUGGCACCAAGUGAGAGACAAGGAAACAGGCAGGCAGCUGAAGAUGCCAAGUUUGAUGAGGAAUAUUAUUUGUAAGAUAAAUACCUGCAUACAGCAAUGACUUAAAAAUUGAGAAACCCAAUUGUGUUAACAUUUUAACAAUUUGUGUGCAACAAGGUAUUUGAGACAGCUUACUUUUUCAUGGCUUCAUAAAUUUUAUGUUGCCCAUAUGUCACAGUGUAGGAUGUUAAACAGGUAAUGACUGAUUACAGGGAAGUUUCCUCUUGAGAUAGAAUCAUGUAAUUGACAGUGGUCCUGUUAAGCUAUUUGGGUAGGCCUUAGUGCACUGAAAUGAAGCUCCACAAACAGAUUGAAAUAACUGCAGUGAAAUUUUCAUUAUUGUCGUCAAAUGGAUCUGUUUUAGGCUAUAGGCACAUACACUGUCAAACGCCUCUGUUGGUCCAUCCUGUUUGAAUGUAUGGCUACAGUUAUUGUAAGUUACAGUACUUUCCUUCCUUUUCAGGGCAGAUUAUUUCAAUGUUGAUCAAAUUCAACAUCUCUUGGAUUACAAGCCUCCUUGGGACACUUACUUGCAACAGCACAAAGAAAACUCUUUUGAGGUAGUGCAUGUUAAUAGUCCAUUUCGCAUGCAGUUGCAUGCUUGGUUGCCAAGUCUUUGAACAGGAGUGAGGCUAAGGGUGACCUUGUUUUGAAUUAAAUGUUGCUGCUUUUAAGGAAAAUUUCGUUGUUAUCAUGCCAGCUAGAUACUGUUCUUUAUCACAACAAGGUCACCUUCAGCCUCACUCCAUAUCAAGGACUUGGCAACUAGGUACACUACUGUUAAAUGCCAUACAGUAUUAUGGAUUGGAAAAAGUUCUGCUUUUAGGAAUGAUUAUGUUAGAGAGUUUGGCAACAUUACAAGUAAAUAUAGCCACAUCUCAAAAAAGUUUUUUGAAGAUCACCAAAAAACAACCUAGAUAAUCUGGUUUGAUUUGGUAGUUUACAUUACUCAUCAGUCAGACAGGAACAUAUAAGGAUUGAAAAAAAACCUCAAAUCCAUAAAAAUAUUGUUUCUUUUGACAUAAUAAUAAUUUUAAUAGUAAUAAUGAUAAUAAAAAUUUUGUGUUGUUAUUGUAACCACCUAAUGAGUAGCAGAUGAACUUUGUCAAGGCAGAUUUCUUGUAAACUAAGACUGUUAAUAUUGUAAUGGAAUAUUUUAUAAUUGAAUAACUUUCAAGAGUUUUGUUGGUUGUCGUUACAAAUGGCUUUACCUUUUUGCCAGACAAUCAACUGUUUAAAAUUUGAACACUAUUUUUCAGGAUGAGGCAAAGCAUUCAAAUGAGCAAGAAGAGGAAACAGGUACUCUUUGUAAUCAUUGCUUGUGAGCAUCCUCAAAUGAAAGUUAUCUAGUAAGAACUGAUGAUCUUCAUGGUCUAACUUCUUCUCUUAAUUUAACUGCACUGUUCAUAAAACAGGCUUUGAGAAUACAGAUUUUUUGUAUCAGUCGAGAAAGGUUUAUGUUGAUUUGAUACAAGUUGUCUUAAAUAACCUUCUAAAAAGUGUAGGCAGCUGAAGGGGAGAGUUUCAACUUAGAACUUGGGCAUUAAAAUAUUAUACUAUUGUGGUGAAGCUGAAACACCUUGAACGUUCUACCUUAGUCUGUGAUUUUGACAGAAUAUAACGAAAAUGAAACUUCAUUUCAAUGUAACCCAUCACAAAGAUGCUCCAUAUCAUGGAGAAACUUAUUUUUAUCUUAUAAGAGUUAAUGAACCUUUUCAUCAAUUUACAAGUUCAGUGUGUGAGUGGAAAUUUACUUAAUUUUCUUUUGCAGUGCAGUUUACAGCUGAAGAGAAGGACCAGCUGAGAAGACUUCCAAAUAAAGAUUAUAUCCUUUUACCAUGUAAAAUAUAAUCCAGUUCAAAUUUCUGAAUUCUACUUGAGUAGCAAGUAUUGUUCGCCUCAGAGCAAAAAUCUUGAGUUUGGUUGGUAGCUUGGGGUAAAAGAGUGAGUUUUAUGUUUAGAAAUUUUCUUCUGUGGUAUAUACAAAAACAAAUUUUCAGCUAUAAGUUAGUGUCGGUGCAGAAAGAUAGAAAAUACCAAUUUUAGUUUUGGUCUUGGAGCCUGGUGCAUACAAAUAUGUACCACUAAUCAUCUCCAUUUCCAUGGCUAUUUGCUUGCUAUGAACUGUAUAAAUAACUUUUGAUUAUUUUGAUUAAUUUGUUUAAAAUAGUAGUUGUUAUGAUACUAUGAGUAAAUUUUGAUUUGAAGCUUGCAUCAUUUAUGUCGUCUUUUUCCCUACAGUUGUUUUUAUAUUAAUUUUUUUAUUCAUGUGCAGUAUCCAUGUUUCACAAUGCAUGCAUUUGUUACUCAAUGGUUGCUAACAUUGUCAUAUAUGAGAACCCUUAACAAAUUAUAAACCUUUUUGAUGACAAAGAGGAGCUACCACUAUUUCUUGGCCUUGUUGAUAUCAUCUUUGCUUAUGCUUAUAAUCAUCGCACCACAGAAGGAGAGAACACGGUAAACAAUUCAAAAAUACAGUGUGUACUGGUAACAUAAAUAAAUGCGAAUAUAUGAAAGUCAUAUAUUUUAACUGCGGAUCUUCGCAGUAAUGAAUACUACGUAAACAGUAGUGAAAAGAAGGCCUGAAAAAAAUUCAGGCCUGUACGGGAUUUGAACCCAUGACCUCUGCAAUACCAGUGCAGUGCUCUACCAACUGAGCUAACAAGCCAAGUGGGAGCUGGUCAUUGUGUUGGUUCCAAAUAAACCCAUGAAGUGGUGAAUAAACGGCUUUGAAUAUAUGAAAGUCAUAUAUCUGAACUGCGGAUAAAGACGUGAAUAUGAAGGCGAUCUUCACCUCAUGGGUUCAAAUCCCGUACAGGCCUGAAUUUUUUUCAGGCCUUCUUUUCACUACUGUUUAAGUAGUGUUCAUUACUGUGAAGAUCGCCUUCAUAUUCACUGGUAACACAGUUCACAGAUCUUCCCUGUUUACUUCAAGCUCAAAGUGUUCAUUUCCCUUUCAUCCAUGCGGACUUGAGUGGGCAUGGCUUCAUUUGGAGCAUCUCUUAACCCUUUGACUCUCAGAUUAAAUUUGUAAUUCUCCUUACUGUCAACCACACAAUUCUUAUAAUGUUAGUUCAGAGAUUUUAGUAUUGGAUCAACUAAUUAUCCCCAAAUUGAUAUUUUUCUUUAUUCUCAUCACUUAUCUAGUUGAUAUUGUAUUUAAUAUUGUAAGGAGAAAUUCUGUCUUGGUCACUCAUGGGAGUUAAAGGUUAAAAUCACACUUUAUAUAAUAAGCUCAGUUAUGCACGCAUUCUGAUUGGUUCUCACUUAUGAUCUAUUGGAGGACAGACGUAUACAUGACGUCAUCAUUAAAACUUUUUUAGUUCUUUAGCCGUGCGUCUGUUCAGUACUAGAUCACAGAGGACGUCAAAAUGUGGUAAGAACAAAAAAGUGGCACGCGAGGCGCAGCCAACUUGGAAUCUAUUUGUUAAAUUGAUAAUAGCAUAAAUACUUGAGAUCCACCUUAUAUCGCAUUAAAACUAACAGUUCUUUUCAUCUUGUUUAAAGAAUUUUAUACGUAAUAAUUAACAAAAAUGUUGUUUGGCAGGUGGAAUCGCCUUGGACCAUUUCACGAAUUAGCUCCACGUUCUCAUGGUUUGAUGUAAGACAAUUUUUAAUCUUUUACACACUACUAUCAGUCUGCAUAUUCUCCAUACUGUUCAUUAUACAUUUCCAGAAGUGCUGACAAGGAUAAUUUUCUCAACAAUCAAGAGCUCUUUAGUUGGUGAUCAUUUCCUUGCGUGGAAUCUAUUUCUCAAUUACAACCUGAGUUCCCUAAUAUACAUCACGAUCACAUACCACCCCUCCCUAAAUGUUUGUAAGAUGUUUGCGUAGGAGCCCUGUGCUAGGAAAUUCCGUGUGCGAAGUCAGAUAUUGAAUAUGGAGGCAUUUAUUUAUUUAUUUAAUAUUUAAUUUUUUGGUUUUCUCAGUCGUUCAGCAGCAUCCAUGAUGUCAUAAUUUCUUGUGCCCGCCGAUCUUUAUCGUAUCCUCUCUAUCGACACUGGUCUUUGGUCACUGCAGUUGUUGAAGACACCAAAAGAAUAUUUUCCCUGGGUAUGUAGCCGUUAAGUCUUUUUUGUGUGAAGCAUAACUGUUUUUCACAUUGCGGAAUUAAAAUUCUCAAUAUUCAUACAUUUUACAUUUUCAACAUAAGACGCAUGACGUUGGAAAAGACAAAAAAGGCCUUUUGCCCUCGUUUUCUUCUCGGCUUUCCGGCACCCCUUUCCUCCCGGAAUUAUUUAUGGUUACCAUCGAAUUGUAAGGAAUUUUGGGAAGGUCAAAGGGGGGAGAGGGGUUACCUGCAACGGAAUAGUAUCCCAUCGAGGAGGAGUAGCAAUACUCGUAGUCGUAUCAUACUCUAGAAGCCGGUAUAAGCACUGACAAUAUCGCGCCAAUAUUGGCAUUACAAUGGGGGUUAGAGGUUAAAAACUUCAUUUCCUGGCAGGUCGUCGACAGCUAUUGAGAUGUCUACUGGAACUCCAUGCCCUGUGUCGCGAAGAAGACCCUUGGUUUCUGUUAAAUGAUCUCUAUUUGACGGACUACUGCGUCUGGAUUCAAAAAGCUAGGUAAGAUGUUUUUGAGUCAUACGAAUCUCUGUGUACUGUAUCUCGGAGGUCGGGCGUUUCCAAGCACUAUGAAUGAAGGGUGUAAGAUUCUAAAGAAACUGUGGUGCUGCAUUGGUGGGAGAGUAUAACAGGGUAAUUUAAUACUAUCAACUGAGUUGAUAACGUAAAUUGGCCACCAUAAAGAGUUCAUGCUCGAUUGUCUGGAUUUGGGAGAAGAUUGACUUAAUACAAUGAUAGGUACGCGUAUAGGCUAGCCUUGUCAAGGCGUUGCCUCAUUACGAUGUUAUUAUUUUAUCUCUUGAAACAGCCGAAAGAAGCUUUCUUCUUUGGCGAGAAGCCUCGAACAGGUAUUUGACAAUCAUUGUAUUGCGUCUAGGUCCACGCACUAUACGGACUCAUAUAUACUACUUGUAAGAUCUUAUUCCAGUUUCCGUUGCAUGAAGCCGCAGUUUUCUUUUCCCUAUUUGUAGAGCUCUUAGUUGGUAAGAAUUACCGUAAGAGUAAGGUUCCAUGUUAGAAACCACUGAAAACUUUGGUUGGAGUUCACAGUUGGACCUGUCGAUCAAGACGCCAGCGCAUUUAUCUUUCCGCGAGCGCCUCUUCCUUCGAAGUUCAAUUGUUGCUGAGUUGCGCUCGGAGCACUGUCCACAAAAAAGAUAAUGAGAUAAGGUGAACUUAUCAGGAAGAGGGUAUUAGCCCUUUAAAUUCCAAGAUCUGAUUGUUAAUUCUCCCCUCCAGUUUUUACGCAAUUCCUGGCAAAUAGGUUAGGAGAAUUUGGUAUUGGAUCAAGAUAACAACUUCUACCUGAUAAGUUUGGGUACUCUCAUUUGCCCUUUGCUGGAUAAUGUAUGGAUAUUAUAGGGAGAAGUUUCAUGUUAAUCACUUUUGGGAGUUAAAGGGUUAAUUAACUGAUUUCCAAAAUUUAAAGCCUUGGGCGCACACUGAUAAAAAUGGGGCGAACUUGUUUUACUUCAAGGGGCGAUUUGGCAAUGGUGGUGGGGGCGAACUUGUAAUGGGGCGAGACCUACAUAACCAGGAGGAAAUAAUGGGCCAUUGUUUUCUUCUGCCGUGACUCAUUUCUAAAGAUAUGUGGUGGUACCAGCCAGGAGGGAAAUUCAUUUAUCAGAUUUCGCGAGUUCAAGAAGUCAGGGGCGGAAAAGACGGGGUUAUUCCUUCUUUUCUCAGUUUUCGAAGCCAUAGUAGCUGCCUGAAAGAAAAAUGUAACGUGGUAUUUUGAGUAAAAUGGAAGCAAAAGUGCGGCAAAACUCGUCAAUUUUAAGUUUUCCUUUUAUGUCGUUUAGGUUCAGAUAAGUAAAGGCGACUUGUCUUGGCAGUUAGAAGAACUGGAACUGGCUGCAUGUUUGGUUCAAAAAGAGGAGGAGAAAACUGAUUCCUUUGAAAAUAUAUGCGAUACACGUGAAACUGAAAGCAACGAUGAGAGCUCCGAAAGUGGGGACGAUGAUGAUACGAGCGACGACGAAGGUGACGACGACGGCGACGGUGAUAGCGACGACGAAGAUGACGUAGGCAACAAGGACGACGAUUACGUGGACGAUCUCGACGAAAGAAAUGAAGAAAAAAAUUCUGCAACUGUUGUUGAGAGAGAGAUUUCAGAGGCUGGUCCUUUACUGAAUAAGGAGAUUAAAAAGGAUUCAAAUUAAACUCCUAUUAGUUACAAUUCUGCUGAUCUGCAAAGAGGCUUUUGGUUACAGACAUUGACAACAGCUGUUGGUCGCACGACUCUCCGCCCCUCCCCCUCGGAGUCCCACAAAUGUCUAGCCAGUUUCACAAUGGCCAGGAGUCGAUGGAUCUGCGAUAAACUUUGAUCAUUAGUCAGCAUUAAUCUGGACUGACCCGGUUCAAAUUUCUUUUUGAACCACGCAGUGUUAAGUGUCUAUUGUUCGGGUCCUGACAUCAAAACAAAGAAAGGUUAAUUUUUUGAAAAUUAUAGAUAUUUAGUUAUUUAUACAGCACAUACCAAGUUAUAGUUCUAACAUAUAUCAUUACUUAACUUAACUUACAAGGCUUACAUUUCUUACGUAACAAGGAUAACUAACAGAACUAGUCUUCAGUCGAACCGGUAUUCAGCGACACCGUAUGAAGCGGUCAUACUGUAUAAGCAAUGGUUGUCAAAGUCCCUAAUUUGUUUCCCCUCAAUCACUAUAAUUUUCACCUAUGUUAAACUGUUGCGGUCACCCUUUACCAAGUUCCAACGAUCUGAUUGUAUUGUCUUCCACCUGUAUUAAGCGGUCACUUACAGUCCAACCACUCAAACUGAGAAUAAUCUUUCAAGUAAUUUACAAUCUAUGUUUCUAUUCCAAAAUCAAAGUAAGUAAGUAGUAUUUUUGAGCGAGAUUUUGUAUAUUGAGUGGUCAACUUUGGCAUAAAAUGGCGUUUUGUACCGUGUUUUACAAUACCCUUAUCUGUGGAACCUGUAUUAAGCGGUAAAUUAUUCCUCGUGGGUUACCGCCUAUUACAGGUUCGACUGUAGUUUACCCAGCGAACACUGAUAUCCAACAUGCACCUACAACGGGUAUACUUUCACGCCUUAACAGAUAUACAUUACUCGCGCAGACUACUGUUAAUUUUGAAACAACUCAGGUCUGGCUAGUUACAUAGCAGCAAACAAUGAUUGGAUCUGUGAUGGCCUUUGAUAACAUUUGUAUAGUUAUCUAUAGUUGUAAAGUUGUAUUGUUAUCUAUUUGCCGGUAGAUAACAUCAACAGUCUUAGAAAACUUGAAUGACACAAAACUUCAAAGGCCCCGUUGCUCAGAUCGUACCCUCAAGUCGGAGAGGGCUCGUACGGACAUUAAAAGCAGAAACAAGCUCGCUCUACUGCAUCGUGCAGUCCCUUUUUUAGGCCCUGCAGAUUCUCCCCAGUUCAGAUUUGCAGUUAGAACUUGGCAGCACUGAGUUUGCUUUUACACCACGCUUCGAGAAGAGAAACUUUGGUGAGAUCGGGAAAAGUUUCAAAUUUUUUUCAAGGCUCAUUUUAAGCUGUCAACGACUAAAAUCCUGAGGUAUAUCUGUUCUCACUGAC